GCGUCGAUUGCCAAAUUGAAAUGAUCGAGGACAUCAAUUGGAUCGUGAGUUCGAUAAUGAAAAUGGAGAACGAUGACGUAAUGAUUCCGCCAUGGCUAACACCAAUGCUUCGAGCUGACUACUUUGUGACUUGUUCGAUUCACGCAAAAUCGAGUAAGAGUGAAUGUAAUCUGUUUUGUUUGGAUUGUUUAGGCAAUGCCUUUUGUUCUUAUUGUUUUGAUGAUCACAGAGACCAUCGUGUUGUUCAGAUUCGACGAUCGUCGUAUCAUAAUGUGGUGAGAGUGAGUGAGAUUCAGAAACAUAUUGAUAUCUCUUGUAUUCAGACUUAUGUUAUCAAUAGUGCUAAGAUCUUCUUCCUAAACGAGAGACCUCAGUGUAAAACGGGUAAAAGCGUAAACAAAACAUGUCAGAUCUGUUCUCGUAACCUUCUCGAUUCGUUCCGGUUCUGUUCUCUUGCUUGUAAGCUUGAAUGUGUCAAGAGUGGGGAGGAUCCAAAUUUGACCUUCUGUCUCGGUGACUCCUCGAAGAUCCGCAAUACCGGGAUUUGUAGCCGGUUGAUUAACGGAAUCUCGAUCGCAGUUGAUGAUCAACGCAGUGAAACCGCGGCUGUGUUAUCUCCAAAGACACCUUCAAUAGAAAGCCACCGGAAUUACCCAAUGAAGAGUAGAAGAAAGGGUAUACCUCACCGAGCACCUUUCUAAAAGGCUUUAUUAAAGAGUUAAGGAGAUUCCUUCAGGUUCUUUUGAAUGUUCCUUUUAGCUUUAAAAGUGAGAGAGUGAGUUGGCAUUUAUGGAUGUGAUAUGUGAAAAGUAUGGUAUAAAAUAAGCUUGGUGAGGCAUCAUGUGUUUAAUAAAGAAUGGAGAGAGUGUAGUGGUGUGGAUUUGUCAUACUUUGCCAUCAACAUGGUUUUUGGGGUUUGGUGAGAGUAUCUUAUGAUUCUUUGGGCAAAGAUAUAUUUCCUUUUUGGCUUCAAAGUACAUUUGUGGAAGGUAAAUCAUGUAUUGCUUGUUUAUCUAUUUUUUAAAGAAAACGAUUUUAUUUUA